AGAUUCGUCAGGUGUCCACUUGAUCGCGUUGAACUUGAGAGUUGUGGGCCCAAUCAACUUUCAACUAUUAUUAGAUUUUAGAACGUUGGCGAAAUCGGUGCCUCUAUUUAAAUUCACAUCAUAAUGACUUCCCCCCAUAAACUAGCCGUUACUUCUCUCUCUCUUUCUCUCUCAUGGAGGCUUCAGUCGAUACACCAUCUCCAGUUCAUGUUAACAAGAGAUCUCCAAACUUCAUGGUUACUUCUCCUCUGUUCAGUCCUGCUUCAGAUCGCCGUUUUUGGAGUGCUCUUAAUGGCCGGGUCGAAACCCUUCUUCAAGAUCGUAACAAGGAUGUAAGCGGCCAAAUUCCGCCCCAGGAUGUGGGAGAAUCGGGGACGGGUAAACGGCUGAAGGAAGAUUCUAUGCUUUUGCUGAGAGGAUUUGAUUCAAUUUCACAAACUCUGUCUCAGCUGUCUAACAAUCUGGACAAUGCUCUUCAGGGAGCUAGAAAUCUAGCGAAGCCACCCACAUUGACUGAAAUAUUUCUAAGCAAUUUAAAGAAUUCAGAGGAGGAAGGUAAACACGAAGAUUUGAAGCAAAGCCAAGAAGAAAAACAAGAGUCACAGAAGAGUUUGAAGAGGAAGUAUGACCCAGAAGAUUGUUCAGAUUGUCAAGUAGAUGAUUCGCAUACACAAAAAGAGGAAAGCCCAAAAGAGAAGAAAAUGAUGAAGAGAGCCAAAAAUAUUGCAAUUUCCAUGGCCACAAAGGCAGCUUCACUUGCAAGGGAACUGAAGUCGAAAAAGUCAGAUUUAUGCUUUAUGCAGGAAAGGUGUAGUUUGCUUGAGGAAGAGAACAGGAGGCUUCGAGAUGGAUUUGGUAAAGGAAUUAGACCAGAAGAAGAUGAUCUGGUGAGGCUUCAGUUGGAGGCAUUGCUUGCUGAGAAAUCCAGAUUAGCAAAUGAGAAUGCAAAUCUGAUUAGAGAAAAUCAAUACCUUCACCAAUUAGUAGAGUACCACCGGCUAACUUCCCAAGAUCUCUCUGAUUCAUAUGAGCAAGUAAUUCAAGGACUGUGCUUGGACUUCUCAUCUCCACAACCAGAUGAUGGAGGAUGUGAUGGGGACUACGAUAAUGAUGAAGCUUUACAGACACCCGAAGUAAAAAAUUUUGACUUGUCUACUUCUCUUGAUGAGAGCUUCAAGGAAGAAAAAGAACAUUAGAUGGAUGCAGAGCCAUGGCGACAAUCACUGUUUGUUGUUCCAAAAUGUAAAUUUUGAUGAUGCCUUGAAGUGAACCCCUUGUAGGUUUGUUCUACCACAUAUUAUGUAAUAAAUUUUAAGGCCAUUGUGGGUAAUAAAAUUUGAUUAUUGCAGAAUUUUAUGACACUUGAAAGGUGAUAAAUUUUGAUGCUUUCCCAUUUCGUUAAUAGUGUAAAGCUUUAGGUUACACGAUCCCGGUUAGAAAUGGAGUAUUUAGUUGGUUCUCUUCUGGACCAGAAAAGAAACAGAGGAAUGUGAGCUGCUAAACAAUUAAUACCCUUGUGCUUCUUGUGCAUUGGAUGCCAAAUGCCACCAUAUGUAUAUAUAUAUGUAUUCAAAUUUGGCAAUUAGAAGAAUGGUGUGUUUAAAAUCAUAUUAUGGAACCAUUUUCUUUUUAAAAAAAACCAACAAAAAAGUCAAACAUCAGACCUAU